GGAGGGGAACGGGGAGGCGGAGGAGUGCGGCUCGGUGCGGAGAGGUCGGAGCUGGAGUUGUAGCCGCACGCCAUGCGGGUGCCGCUCGCCCUCCUGGUGCUGGCGCUACUGGAGCUCCUCCGCAACUCGGGCUCCGGAGGGGAGCAGCCGCCCGCAGUGCCUUCACCAACAAAGCCUCUAGUAACAUCUGAAAAUUUCAAAACUAUCUUCAAUUGGCAGUAUCCACCUAUGUCUGAAACUCCUCGUUUUACAGUGGAAAUCAAACCUUACAAUUUGGGUACCUAUAAGAACGUCUCAACUUGUGUGAACAUUUCAGCUCAUUUUUGUGAUGUCUCAAGGGAAAUAAGUCAUCCUUUGGACUCUUACUGGCUUCGAGUUAAAGCUCUUCUUGGGUCACAACAGUCUGAGUAUGUUGAGUCAAAAGAGUUUAUUUUGCAAAGGCAUGGAAAAAUAGGACCACCAAAACUGAAGCUCUCGAGACACAGUGAUAAAAUCGUGGUUGAUAUUUACCAUCCUCCAUUCCCAUCUGUGGAGCUUCUUCCUCGGACCGAAGAAAUUAAUUUGGAUCCCAUGUACUCAGUCACUUUUUGGAACAGUAAAAAUGAGACUAAAGAAUUGUUCCCUGAAGACAACUGUACGGUGUAUAAAUGUACUCUUGAGAUCCCAGUUCCUGCUGAAGAUUCCUCUUACUGUGUUAGAGCAAGGGGAGAAUUUUAUGGCAAUCUGAUGAUUGGCGCUCCAUCAGAAAAAAGCUGCAUUGAUGUUUCUUUCAAGCAGAAAUUCAGCAUGCAACAUAUCAUCAUUCCGUGUGCUGUAAUUUUGAGCCUGAGUCUAAUAUUGUCAGUAUUUUGUGGCUGCAAGAAGAUAAGGAAGAGGAACAUAACGCUGCCUAAGUCUUUGGUCAGCGUGAUAAGAAACCUGAACACUGACAGCAUUCUAGACUCAAAAUCAGAAGCAAAAUACAUAUAUGUAGUAGACGUCUUGCCAUCCCCUUCAGGGUUGCCAGAGAAUGAUGAAGUAAUCUCGCUGGAGGGAGAGCCAAAAGAAGAAACUGUUAGUCCUGAGAAUUCCACUGAAGGAUCCUCUUCUGUUCCUUCCCCAGAGGCACCAGUGAAAGCAGAAAAGGUCCCUGUGCAGGAAAGCACAGAGGAAGUAUCUUGUGAUGAUGAACACAGUCACAAAGUAAAAGAGAGUUACUUUGUUUCUGACAGUAGCCAAAGUGAAAUGUGCACUAAUUCUUCAGAUCCAGAGGUUUCUGCUGCAGAAAUACAACAAUUGGUCAUUCCGAGCAGCUGUCUCCAGUUUUCAGGCUAUGACAAGCCUCAUGUUCCCUUAGAUACAUUUAUAGAUGUUGGUGAAGAACAACCUGUGAUUGCUUACAGGCCGACAGAAUAACCAGGAUACCUGAAGUUUUCUACCAGCACUCAGGAAGAACAGCAUUACUGAAGAUCAGGGAAAGUCUGGGUUAUAUUGUGAGCAUCUACAAGUUGUACUUGUUCUGAUCCAAAUAGAGUAGCCUUACUACAGUUGGAUCUUGAAAUGAGACUGAAAGUAGUGCCUAAGAACAGCAUAAAAAAGGGGGAGACUCUUCAUAAUACUUCCAGAAAUGUUCAAGUAUAUGACAUAACUCACUAUUUCCUAUUUGGAACCAUAGAAUCACAGAAUCGUUUGAGUUGAAAGGACCUUAGAGAUCAUCCAGUUCCAACACUCCUGUGUGGGCAGGGACACCUCCUACUAGACCAGGUUGCCCAAAGCCCCAUCCAGCCUGGCCUUGAACACUUCUAGGGAUGGGGCAUCCACAUCUUCCUUGAGCAACCUGUUCCCAGUGUCUCACCACCUUUACACUGAAGCAUUUAUUCCUAAUGUCUAACUUAAAUGUAACCCUCUUCCAGUUUAAAGCCAUUCCCCAUCAUCCUGUCACUACAUGGCCUUGUAAAAAAUCUCUCCCCAGCUUUCUUUUGAUCCAGUCUGGGAUAUGGUUGGAUCUCUGGCCUACAAGUGCAUAUGGCCAGCUCAUGUUGAGCUUCUAAUCACCAGCACACCAAGUCCUUCUCCUUAAGAGGCUGUAUUCAAUCCAUUUCGACCUAGCCUGUAAUUGUACUUGGGAUUGCCACAACCAUGAGGUUGGCAUGGGCCCAGCUCUCAAGCCUGUCAAGGUCCAUCUGGAUGGCUUCCCUUCCCUCAUGUUAACUGCAUCACACAGCAUGGUUUCAUCAUCUCACUUGCUGAGGGUGCACUCAAUUCUGCUGUCCUUGUCACUGACAGGAGGAUCAUUAGUGCCAGUCCCAGUACCAGCCAAUUUGAAAUGGUGCUCUCUAGCAUGUUGACUUCACUACAGUUUGGUGCUCUCAGCAGACCUGCUGAGCUUGCAUUUGGUUCCACUCUCCCGUGUUGCCAGCAAAGAUGUUAAACAGCACUGGGCCAAGUACUGACCCUUGAGGUACUCGGCACACGUCUGCAUUUGGACACUGAGCACUUGAUGACAGCUCUCAGGGUGUGAUCAUCCUUCAUCAAGACAGGUCACCUUCCCCUGCCUCCCAGAACAGGACUGGCUUGGCUGCUCCAAGUUUUUUGUGGACUGUCACUGGGACCCUGGACUUGGGCACUUCUGUCUGCUGCUGAGGACAGUUGGAAACUUUUCUGGUUGGGAAGUAGUUACAAACUGAGGAGUAUUGGUUCUGUGCGUAGAUAUUUUUAUACAUUUGUAAUUCACCAUCGUUAUUUUUAUUAUUACUUCAUUAAACCUUUUUUAGCUUGU